AUGUAUAAAAAGCAAACAAAAAAGCAAAAUUUUAUUUUUUACUUCCAUUUGUUAAGGUUCUUUUUAUUUUUUAUCAUUAUAUUUUAAUUUUUUAUUGUAAUCAAAUUGGAAAUGAAGGUAUUUCAUGCUUAGGUUCUGCUUUAUCAUAAUGUGUUAAACUAUCUACUUUUAUACUCAACCUAAAGUAUAAUCAUAUUGGUGAUAGAAUAGAAUAGAAAUACUCGCACAUAUAAAUGCACUCAGAAUACAACUUAAAAUUAAUUUUUAAUAUGUAUAUUUAUAUAUAUUUUUUGUUUUUUAUUUAUUUGA